CGCGUGACUUUCCCAUCACAUGACACACAAGACUGAAAAGGAUGGACCUAACAAUAUAAACACAAUAAAACUAUUAAUUACGAUCGCGUUUCAGGCUAAAUUCACUAAGCUGUAUAUCGAUGAGGAUAACGACCUAUUCAUGUUGACUAGUUAUACGUUAAAUUGCUAAUAAGGCUAAUGAACAUGCAGAACCUGUAGAUGGUUGCUAUUGUCAACGCUGUAAUGCAAUGUUCAGUUGUUCAUAACUUACUGUAAGUACCAGUCGGCGCUAAAGCUCCACGUAGCUAAUAAAGAUGAACGCUUUAGUUGCCCUGUGCCACUUCUGUGAGCUCCAUGGCCCACGGACGCUGUUUUGUACCGAAGCCGUCCACCCUCCAUCCCCUUCACCUCCACAGCCGGGCUCAGCCAUUCCCGGAGAACGUGAGCGAGAGGGCGACCGAGAGGGUGAAGGGCUCACCAUGAGGGCCAACAGCUCUGCCACACAGAGAGCGGACAUGUGUGAGGGCUGUCGCUCUUUACCUGCGUCUCACCCAGGCUUUGUGAGUGUGGACGGUGAGACAGGAAUCCGCUAUUUGAGCCAUCAACAUCCAAGGCAGCCUCAGCUCUUCAGCGUGGUGCGACAGGCAUGUGUGCGCAGUCUGAGCUGUGAGGUUUGUCCUGGUCGGGAGGGACCAAUCUUCUUCGGAGACGAACAGCAUGGCUUCGUUUUCUCUCAUACGUUUUUCAUCAAAGACAGCCUGGCGCGGGGCUUCCAGCGCUGGUACAGCAUCGUGGUGGUGGCCAUGGACAGAAUUUACCUCAUCAACUCAUGGCCGUUUCUAUUACGCCACCUGCGGCUCACCAUUCAGAGUCUCCAGAAUACAGCACUCAAGGUGUUUGACAGCGAGCAGUGUGUGUGUCCUCAGAGGGCUGUGCGGAUGAACAGUGCCUUCUCUCCGGCAGUGUUUCCUCACCAGCGCAGUGGAAACGCAGCCCGUUCGCUCACCUCUCUGACCCAGCAUUCCAAUCUGUGGGACAGUCUGCACUCCUCAUUCAGCUGGUUGCUGAAAGCUUGUGGCAGUCGGUUAACAGAGAAGCUUUUGGAAGGAGCGCCCACAGAAGAUACACUCGUUCUUAUUGAAAGACAAACUGAGCAGGAGGAAGAGAUGAGUGGCUGGGACGGUGCUGAAGGGGGCGGAUCUAACCCUCAGUCCUGCCAAUCAGAGAGUGUUCAGGCUAAAGACUUUCAGUUUGAUGACGGAACACAAGAGGACCUCAUUGGGCCGAAAUUCAAAUCACUAAGACAUUUAAGACAGGUCUUGGGGACUGCAGAUUUCCGGCAGUUGACAUGGCAUGUGCUCAUGGGAAACCAGGUCAUAUGGAGAGGUGCAGACCCUGGUCUUAUCCAGUCAGCUUUCAAUGUGCUGAAGGCUUUGCUUCCAGUUGGCUGUGUGAGAGCAGUUCAGUACAGUCCUCACUAUGAGGAAGCAUAUCGGUGCAACUUCCUUGGCCUUAGUCCAGACGUACCAAUCCCAGCCCACGUCAGCUCCUCAGAGUUUUCUGUGCUGGUGGAUGUACUGAACGCAGAGCGCGGUUGUGUAAAUCCUGUUUCAGACGAUGACAUUCUGUCACUUUACCAGUUUCACAUUAGCAGUGCCAACACACAACCAACAGAUAAAGGUCCAACUCUUCUGAAUAAGCUCGAAGUGGCUCUUUCUAAUGAGAAUCUGUCCGUGGAGGUGGUCUCGCUCUGCCUACUCUGUCUGAAAGAGGAGUGGAUGAACAAAGUAAAAGUGCUGUUUAAGUUCUCCAAAGUGGACGGCAGAGGUAAAGAGGACACCCAAAAAGUUUUGGCCCUGCUGGGGGCCACGGGGCCCGGAGAAGAGGACAAUGUGCGUCUUCUUAAGUUCUGGAUGACAGGAUUGAGCAAACUCUACAAGAGCCAUCUGAUGACAGCAGUCAGAGGUGGAGAGAGGACUUUGAGCCAGUGAGAGAGACUGAAAACGGGGGACAAUGGACUCAUUGCUAGAGUUAGAUGAAAGGAAUGUGUGUGUAUGUGUGCGGUUGUGUGUGUGUGUGUCAGUUACUGGAAAUGGGGGCCAGGCCUGAGAAUGUGUUUUUCUUGCAUGCUACAAAGAGAAAGUUAAAGCUAUCAAUGUGAUUGAAGCCUCAAACGUUUUCACUUCGACAUGUGCAUUUUAAUGGAAUGUUGUUUUACCGUCAUGACUAGACAUGUCCUUUUUCUGUCUUCUUCACUUUGCGUCUAAUAAAGCGCACGGUCCAUUGCCUUUAUGGGAAUCGGGCAGAGUAUCAGUUGACAUGAUACUGUUUGGGGUUUUGUAAUUCACAUUAUCUCAUGUUUGAGUGCAUCUGAGAAUUUGUAUUUUAGAAGCGAUGUUAUUUAUCUUUAUUUGCUAACUUAUUUUAAACAAACGGCUUUUAUUUUGGACUCACACAUGUUAAAUAAAGACUGUGUGCUAAUUAA